AAUAUUAAAUGGAAACAAUCUAAAAUUGUAUGUGAUUAGAUAUAUUUUUAAAUGGUAAAGUUAGAAUAGCAAGCUAGAAGAGCAAGCAUUACAAUUUUAAUAAUAGUUAUUAGAUGGUAAGGUUAAAGAUACAAGUUUCAUAAAAAUGUUGGCAUAUUACCUGGUAUGAGUGACUAUUUCGAUUUGUCAUUUUUACUCAUCUGUAAAUAUCGUUACGUGUGCUAAGUUUUUCUGAUUUUUGUACUUUAUGCUUUCUAGUGUAUUGUGAAACGGAACUCCAUAAUUAGUAUUGUAAUGGAAGCAAUGACAAACCUAACACUAAUCAAAUUGAUCAUGACAUUAGAAUACCAUUCUGUGGAAUUUCUGGUUUAUUUCUGAGCGUCAUAAUUACUUUUGCCUCUGUUCUCUAACUAGGUCACCAUGCUGUCAGUAAUAUUUUCAGUGUUACAACAACCCAGGUUUUAUAAUAAUUGCCUCCAUCUCCACUGCAGCUUUAUAAAGAAAGUGAUACCAUUAUCCCAAUUAUAUUUUACAAGUAGGGUAAAUGAAAAUCAGGAAAGUUAAAUAACUUUCAUAAAGACACACAGCUCAUAGAGUACAGAGUUUGAACCAAGGCCACCUGAUUCCAAGUUCUAUGAUUUCAGUAUUCUGUGGUUGCAUCCAUAUUUAUAAGUUAAUUCAUAGAAAAUUGAAGUGGUUCUAAAUUUGAUUUCUGUCAUAUAAUCAUUAUAAAGUUUAUCAUUCAAAUUAUUGUUUUCUAAAAUGCUAAUAAUAAAAAUGUUUUGUGAAGUAUUGGGUUAUUCGAUGAUUCAGGCUUGGAAAUAUAUUUAGAUAUUCUAAAUGAAAUAAUGGGAAGGAACUUCAGUGCUUCGUUUUUCUGAAUAUCAUUAAAAUUUUAAAAAUAAUUUUAAAAUAAUAUCACAGUAGACUAAUUUUGAGUUACUUUUUGUUGUACCUAAAAUAUGAUAAAUUUUAAAGUAUUUAACAUAUUAAGAAAUCUUCAUAAUAUCCUUGUAUUGUGUUUAUUUUAAAUAGUUUAGUUGAGCGAGAAUACAGGUAAAAUUUUACCUGGUUGAAAUAUUAUUAUUUGAUUGACCCCUUUAAGCCUAAGCAAUUGUGCACUUUAAAUUUUCAGGAUAACAGAUAUUUUGUUCUCUUCUGAUGGUAACAAAGGUAAUGAAAGUUUUUACCUCUGAAAUCUGUCACACGGCAGAGCCCAAUUUAUCCAUAAAUUGUUUAUACUUAUGUAAUCACAGUAAGACUGUCAUCUAGCUGGUGCUUACCUCGAAAGUACCGUAUAUACUUUCACAAAGUGUGCCUAGAACUUACUAUAAAAUUGUUUUUUUGUUUUUUUUUUUUUAUUGACCUGGUAAAUUUAACAAUAGUAGAGUUUUUAUUGUUCACCACUGUUUCUACUCUGCAUUUUUCCUGCCCCAUCUGCUUUUCUUAAAAGAAACAACAUCAAAUUCUACAAUUACUAGGAUACUAUCCCUGAAGUCUAUUCAUCCAUCAGAUAUAAAACCACAAUUAUUUGAGCGUAAGUUUCUCUUUUGAUUUUUUUCUUAUUGACUGUAGAUACACAGAAUUAAAUUCAUAAUAAUUCUGGGUUUGUGAAACAUGAACAUCAUUGUUCCAUGCAUGACCCAUUUUACUAUAAUUAUUUAAUUACUAGAUACCAAAGGCUAAUUAUGAAUUCAGUAGGUAUGCAAUUCUAAAGUGAGACAACACCCAGAAAUUGUGAUUGGGUGAAAUAUACUGUCAGGCUUUUAGUCCGAAAGUCAGGCUGUGGCAUCUGGUUAGUAUCUUGCAAUUAGGAGGAAAUAAAAAGGUCUACCUAAGUACAAAGUAUAUUAAUUUGCCAUCAAGGAUAAAUUGUCAAGUCUCAUUAAGCACAUAGAGUUUUGUUUGCUCCUUGUUGUUGUGACACAGGAGAUAAGCUCAAAUGACUUUAUAGCUAACAGAGGUUUAUUUUUCCCUCCAAAGGCAGAGCACAUGUUUGGCACAGAGAAGAUCUCACCUUGUAUCCAUAGAGGAUUAAAGCAAGGAGAGCCAAUCAUGACUGGCAAAACACAGACCAGCAAUGUCACCAAUAAGAAUGACCCCAAGUCCAUCAACUCCCGUGUUUUCAUUGGCAAUCUAAAUACGGCAAUUGUCAAGAAAGUUGACAUUGAAGCCAUUUUUUCAAAGUAUGGAAAAAUAGUUGGAUGCUCCGUUCACAAAGGUUAUGCAUUUGUACAGUACAUGAGUGAGCGACAUGCAAGAGCUGCAGUGGCUGGAGAAAAUGCCAGAGUCAUCGCCGGCCAACCACUUGAUAUCAACAUGGCAGGAGAGCCCAAACCAUACAGACCAAAACCUGGAAACAAGAGGCCCCUUUCUGCACUUUACAGCGGUUAUGUCUUUGACUAUGAUUACUACAGAGAUGAUUUCUACAACCGGUUAUUUGAUUACCACGGGCGUGUGCCUCCACCUCCCCGUGCAGUAAUUCCACUGAAGCGUCCCAGAGUGGCAGUCACGACGACUCGCAGGGGGAAAGGAGUCUUUUCCAUGAAAGGUGGAUCGAGAUCUACUGCCAGUGGGUCAACAGGCUCUAAAUUGAAAUCAGAUGAGUUACAGACCAUCAAGAAGGAAUUAACCCAGAUCAAAACUAAAAUUGACUCCUUGCUAGGGCGCCUGGAGAAGAUUGAGAAACAGCAGAAGGCGGAGGCAGUUUCUACAGAUAAAGUGAUCUGAAAUAACGCAUGAUGCCGCAAAGCAGAAGAGAAACUGUGACAACCCCCAGAAAUGUGAAAGGAGGUUUCUUACUGGACAGCAGCAUCUUUGGUUCAAUUUAUAUAAAAAUCCAAAUAAAUAAAAUGGACAGUAUUGCUCAAUUUUAGAAAUUCCAUUUCUUCUAUGUUUUAAGCUGUACAAUUGUCAGGUUUUUAUGGUUUAAAUUGUAAAUGUGUUUUCCCCUUUGCUAAUUAUGUUUUUUUUUUUUAGUCUUAAAAUGUGAAAGGCAUUUAUGAAUGGUAAGGGAGACACUAUAUACAAAUGUAUAUUUGUAAAAGCUAUUUUUAUGAUUAGCAUGUUUCACUGUUGAUCAUAUAUAAAAGGUGAUAUUGCAAUUCUGUAUUUAAAGCUUAUUUCCAACAAUGUCAUGUAAGAAAAUAUGCAUCUUAUGCUAGUUUUUAUAAUUUAUUUUUAAUUUAUAGUUUAAAGUACUUGAGAUCAUAAUGAUAAAAUACUUGAAAAAGUUAUAUUUCUGCCCUGUAUAAGCACCCUUUCUAUUAAUAAAGAAUGCAGAUAUUUCAGAUGUGAUAUAAUAGUUAAAGAACUGUUGGUUUGAUCUGUGAUUAAGUUGAGCAUGCUCCGCUCUACAGAACUAAAGUGAUCCAAUUAUUACUUCAGUCUGGGUAUGAGAUUCCAUGGACAGGUUUUAGUGUUCAUACAAGUAAGGACUAAAUUGCCAAGGAAAAGACUUGUCUUGCCCUUGGAUCCAAAAGUUUAAAUUAGUGCAUACUCAUGUCAUUUCACCUCCUGUUCCUAGGAACUCUCCAUUCCCAAGCAUUGCAAGUGUUUUCCAGAUAAUCUUAGCUGUUGUCUUGUGCUGUGGAAAUGGAAGAAACCAUCUUCACAGACUGUAGGAGAAUUCAACAUAUAAUUUCUUAAUAAAUACUGUUUCUUUUAAAACAAA